AUGGCCUCCCUCAAGGGGGUCUGCAUCGAGUUCACAGACGUACGGUUCGUCGUCAAGGAUCGGCGCAGCGGCGCAAUGCUGGACAUACUGAAGGGCGUUACGGGCAAGGUGGAGGCCAACCGGCUGACCGUCAUCAUGGGGUCCAGCGGCGCCGGCAAGACGACGCUGCUGGACGUGCUGGCCUGCAACCUGUUUGGCAGCGGCACGGUCACCGGGGAGGUGCUGGUCAACGGCGCCCCGCGCCGCACCUCCGAGUUCACCCAGAUCAGCUCCUACGUGCUGCAGCGAGACGUGCUGCUGGCGUCCAGCACGGUGCGUGAGUCCAUCAUGAUUGCCGCGCAGCUCAAGCUGCCGCGCACCAUGUCUCACCGUGACAAGGUGGAGCGCGUGGAUGAGGUCCUGCGGGAGCUGGAACUGGAGGGCUGCCAGCACACGCUGAUUGGCGAUGAGCUGCUCAACAUGAAGGGCAUCUCCGGGGGGCAGCGCCGCAGAGUGUCAGUGGGCAUCGAGCUGGUCAAGUCGCCCCGUGUGCUGUUUCUGGAUGAGCCGACCAGCGGUCUGGAUUCUGAGAUGGCUGUGAGCCUCAUCGACACCCUGGUGAAGCUGGCCCGCGAGAACAGGACGAUUUGCACCACCAUCCACCAGCCCAACUCCCUCAUCACCUCCAAGUUUGAUGACUUCCUGCUGCUCCACGCCGGCUCCACAGCCUACUUUGGGCUGUGGACCGGCGCGGUGGACCACUUUGCGGCCGCCGGCUGCCCCUGCCCGCAGUACGUCAACCCCACCGACUACUUCAUGAGCGUGCUCAAGGAGAAGGGCGACGAGCUGGUGCUGGCCUGGGAGAAGCAGGAGCAGCAGGGGCGGGCGUGCGGGCUGGACCUGGAGGCGCCGCCCCCCAGCAGCGCUUCGCUCGAGGCGGCGGCCGGGGCAAAGGGGGCACAGGAGGAGCCUGCCAAGCUGCAGGUGGCGCCCAAAGUGCCGUGGUGGUACCAGGUGUGGGUCCUGAGCGGGCGCAUGAUGCGCAUGUGGUGGCGCAACCCGGCCAUGUUCAUGAGCGAGAUCACGCAGUACAUCUUCAUGGGCGUCUUCAUCGGCCUGGUGUACCUGCAAGUCAGCGACUCGCUCGCCACCGGCGUGAACGACCGCGCCGCCUCCAUGUGGUUUGCCAUGGCCGUGCUGUCCUUCACCCCCAGCUACACAGCCGCCGUGCUCUGGGACAAGGACCGCCUGCUGCUUCGGCGGGAGAGCCAGCAGGGCAUGUACUCGGUCACAGCUUGGUUUGCGGCACGCACCGGCACCGUCACGCCCAUGCAGAUAUUUCAGACCUCGCUCUUCUGUGUUCUCAUGUACUUCAUGGUUGGCUACGUCCCUGACUUUGUCAACUUCCUGGUCUUCCUGGCCGCUUUCUGUAUGUUCCAGCUGGUCAGCGAGACAGUGGGCGUCAUGUGCGCCAUCGUCACAAAGAGCUCAACCUAUGCUGUGCUGAUUCUCACCUUCAUUCUCCUCUUCCUGCUCUCCAAAGUCUCCUACCUGACCUACGCCUAUGCAGCAGUGAUGGCCAACGAGUUCAACAAUGUCACAUUCUACACCGCUGACGGCGAGCCCGUGCCGGGGUCGGAAGUCUUCAGCGGCGGCGUCCCCGGGGUGUCGCUGACCGGCGUGGACAACGGGCUGUCCAUCGGGGCAAACCUGGGCAUCCUGUUUGGCAUCUUUGUGGGCGCCCGCGUCCUCGCCUUUGUGCUCCUCUUCAUCAUGGCCAAGCGCAAGUGGCUGUGA